CAAGCUGAAAACAGACUUGUGUGGCUGCGAACACGACAGGUGCACUGUAGAUAUGAAGAGCUUCAACACUCUCCUGCGGCUGGUCAUUCCUCUGCUGCUGACCCAGCAGGUGUCCUGUGCCGGGAUGUUCCAGCCCGAAUCACACAACGAAACACAACCGGACGGCGAAAUCUCAGAGAGUCCAGUCCUGAGAAGGACAGACUUUACUCAUUUGGAGAAGUUGAGAAACAGAACCCACUAUGUUGCCAGAAGCUGUAAGGAGAUCAAGGAGAGAUAUGCAGAGGAAGAGGAUGGCCUGUACUACCUGACCACCACCAGUGGGACCGUGUACCAAACGUUCUGUGACAUGACCACCGCGGGAGGAGGCUGGACGCUGGUGUUGAGCGUGCACGAGAACAACAUGUACGGAAAGUGCACGGUGGGCGACCGGUGGUCCAGCCAACAGGGCAGCAACCCCAACCUGCCGGAGGGGGAUGGAAACUGGGCCAACACCGCCACCUUCGGGACAGCCGAGGGCGCCACCUCCGAUGACUUUAAGAACCCUGGUUAUUACGACAUAGCGGCUGAAGAUGUAGCAGUGUGGCACGUCCCCAACAGGUCACCUCUGGCCCACUGGAACCUGGCCUCCAUCCUGCGCUACCACACGGAGAGACGCUUCCUCACCUUGUAUGGGGGGAACCUGUAUGAGCUCUUUAAGCGCUACCCUGUACGGUACAAUGUUGGGUCAUGCAGUGACAGAGGACCCUCCAUACCAGUAGUGUACGACUACGGAAGCAGGCAAUCGACCAGUGAAUUGUAUGGUCCUCAAUCAAGGACUCGGUUUGAGGCCGGAUUUAUCUCUUUCAGAGCCAUAAAUAACGAAAGGGCAGCCUCCGCUAUCUGCUCUGGGGUCAAGCCAACCGGAUGUCAUACUGAGCACUACUGUAUAGGAGGAGGAGGACAUUUCCCUGAAGGUGCCCCACGUCAGUGUGGUGACUUUGCUGCUUUUGACUGGGAUGGCUAUGGAACAAAUGUGGACAGUAGUGCCUCAAAGGCGAUCACCGAGGCAGCUGUGCUGUUAUUCUACCGAUGAGCAGGCCGGUAACCAUAGUCUGAGAUUCAGUGAAGCCCAACCAUAGUGAAUCAUAACUCUGGAACACAUAUGGAGCAGGGCAAUACUUAAGCAAUUGUUUGUGUUUUUGCAAGAAUAAUUAUUUUACCAAAGUCCAAACUUCUGGUACCUCUGUAUGUAGUUACAUCCUUGUUUUAAGUCAUUGCUACUGAGGACUGUAAAAUAUUUUUGAUUUAUGAAAUGAAUAAAAACGACUGUAUCACA